UUCAAUGUUGCUCCCUAUAAUUAGUGUCUAAUGUAAAAACUUGUAACAUGAUUUAAGUUUUACAUUUUUUCUUUCUUUUUCUCUUGUUCUUUCUGAACAUUGAAGCCAUGGAGCCACAUGAAUUCAAGCAACAAUAUGGAGCAAACCCAGUUCCAAAUCUUCUUCAAUUUCCUUCAACUUACCCAGCAUGGAGCUCAAAUUUCUCCGGCGGAUUCUUACCCAGUUCUGACGACCAGUUUCAUGUUCCUUUCCAUGUAUUCUCUCCAAAUACAUCGUCUGUCAGCAUAGGCUCGACUCUAGAUGAUGAAGCAAGAGAGAACAGAGUGAGUAACAUCAAUGAAAGGAGGCUGAAAAGAGUGAUAUCUAACCGGGAAUCUGCUCGAAGAUCAAGACUGCGCAAGAAAAAAUUAAUCGAAGAGCUUCAGUUUCAGGUUAACCAAGUUAAAACUAUUAAUCAUCAACUAUCAGAAAAGAUCAUUCUCUUGUUAGAAAGCAACAACCUUAUCCUCCAAGAGAAUGUACAGCUCAAGGAGAAAGUUUCUUCUCUUCAAAUACUUCUCUCCGAUCUCAUGACCCCUCUCCGGGGUCUGGAAGAAGUCACUGCCCCCACUGCAAAUAUGAAUAGCCUCAGAGCCGAGGCUUCAAGUCAAUCCAUUCAUCACUAAACCAUGGAAUGAAUAUACCCUUUUCACAACUUAGUUGUUCAUGUAAAUAUCCAUGAAGGUUACAGUAAGGGCACUUAUCAUCAGCUGUAUUUGGAAUAAACUCUACUCUUCACAUAUGUAUGAUCAUGAAAUAUUAUAAAUUCUAUUUCUUCUCUUCUGACAAUCUAUGAAACACAUACUCUUAAGGUAAAAGAGAGAUUCAUAAGUUUGAUAUAGAAAAGGAGCAUGUACAACACAAAAUAAUCUUCUACAUAAAACUGAUUGCUCCAAAUGGUCU